AUGUCGCGCACGCAGUCUCCCGCGGACGAGCGCACCCCUCUCUUGACGCAAAGGAGGGACGAGGAUGCGCUUCCUGCCCCCGACGGCCCCGUCGAUGAGGCCACCGGGUUCGAUAAGCCGACCGUAUCUAUCGCUGCUGUGAUGACGCCCCUUAUUUUGGGUAUCUUCCUCGUCGCGAUGGAUGUGACAAUCGUCACUUCCACAUAUGCGUCCAUUGGCAGCCAGUUCAACCAGCUUCAAAACACGAGUUGGAUUGCCACCGCCUACAUGCUCUCUAUGACCACUUUCCAGCCACUGUACGGCAAGCUCAGCGACAUUUUUGGGCGCAAAGCUUGCCUUCUCGUGGCGUACACCAUAUUCGCUACCGGAUGUCUCUUCUGUGGCCUCGCGCGCAAUAUGACCGAGCUCGUCGUCGCACGCGCUCUGGCAGGGGUUGGCGGUGGGGGCAUGUCCACUGUCGGGUCCAUCAUCAUGUCUGACGUCGCCACUUUACGGCAACGCGGAACAUUACAAGGAUUUGCAAACAUCGCGUUUGCGUCCGGUCAGGCUGUCGGAGCACCACUGGGCGGACUCUUGGUCGACCGUUUCUCCUGGCGCUGGGCCUUCCUCCUCCAAGUCCCGCUCAUGCUCCUCGCGAUCCUCAUCGUCUCCAUCUUCUUGCGCCUUCCAAGCCCGCCCUCAAGCGAUCUCGACUUCCGCGCGAAGCUCGCGCGCAUCGACUUCGCCGGCUCGGGCGCGCUCAUCGUCUCCAUCUUCACCCUCCUCGUCGGCCUCGACCGCGGCGGGAACGUCGCGUGGUCCGACCGCCUGACGAUCGGGGCGCUCGCGUGCGCCGGCGUGUUCUUCGCGCUCUUCGCGCUCGUCGAGCUGCGCUGGGCGCGCGAGCCGUUCGCGCCGAAGCGGAUCGUCGCGAACCAGACGCUGCUCGCGAGCUACCUCUGCAACAUGUUCGGGAGCGCGGCGGCCGUGUCCACCUUCUUCCUCGCCUCGCUCUACCUCCAGGCGGUGCAGCACGCGAGCGCGAGCACGGUCGGGCUGAUGCUCAUCCCCGCGAUCUUUGGCGGGGUCGCGGGCAGCCUCGGCGCGGGGCUCGUCAUGCAGGCGACGGGGAAGUACUACGUGCUCACGAUCGUGAUGUUCGCCGUCAUGCUCUCGGGGAGCUUGGCGGUCGCGCUCGUGACCGGCGUCGUGCCGUACUCUGUCACGGGCCUCAUCUACGGCACCACUGCGACCCAACUUGGCUACGGAUCCGGCUUGACGAGUACUCUCAUCGCGCUCGUCGCUAACGCCGGCCCGGAGGACCAAGCUAUCGCCACCGCGAGCUCAUACCUCUUCCGUUCGCUCGGGACCGUCGUGGGUGUCUCCGUCGGGACGACCCUUACCCAAGACGUCCUCCGCUCGAGCCUGCGCAAGCGCCUGACGGGCGAAGACGUCGACGAGAUCGUGCGGCGCGUGCGGGAGUCUCUCGCGUACAUCGACGAGCUGGAGCCCAGGAUGCGCCAGCAGGUCGUCAGUGCCUAUCAGGACGGGCUCCAGGCUGCGUUCUGGCUCAUCGCCGCGCUGUCAACUGUGACGGUGGUGUGCGCCGUCUUUAUUAGGGAGAAGCCGCUGACCCGUUGA